UUUGCUUUCACAGAGCAAACUAAAGAGGGAGAAAAGAAGAGAAUAAGAUCAUACUACGCACCCAACACUUAUUAUCUUUAAGAUGGAAGCUGUUCCUCUCCUAACUCCACACAAGAUGGGCAAAUUCGAUCUGUCCCACCGAAUCGUUUUGGCACCGUUGACGAGACAGCGAUCCUACGGGAACGUGCCCCAGGCGCAUGCCAUCUUGUAUUACUCCCAGAGAGCAACGCAGGGUGGGCUCCUGAUUACUGAGGCCACAGGGGUCUCUGACACUGCUCAGGGGUACACUGACACCCCUGGUAUAUGGACUAAGGAGCAGGUGGAGGCGUGGAAACCCAUUGUGGAUGCUGUGCACAAAAAGGGGGGUGUCUUCUUUUGCCAAAUUUGGCAUGUUGGGAGGGUCUCUACUUAUGAUUUCCAGCCUAAUGGACAAGCACCAAUCUCAAGCACGGACAAGCAAAUCCCACGGCAACCUCGCCAUGAUGGCGGUUUUGAGGAAUUCUCUCCUCCUCGCCGGUUAAAAACCGACGAGAUUCCUAAAAUCGUCGACGACUUUAGGCUUGCGGCAAGAAAUGCCAUCGAAGCUGGCUUCGACGGCGUCGAGAUCCACGGCGCGCACGGCUACUUAAUCGAGCAGUUCAUGAAGGACAGCGCAAACGACCGGACCGACGAGUAUGGGGGGAGCAUCGAGAACCGGUGCCGCUUUGCUUUAGAGGUCGUCGAAGCCGUGGUCGGCGAGAUCGGAGCGGAUAGAGUCGGCAUGCGACUCUCGCCUUUCACCGACUACGUGGAUUGCUGGGACUCGAAUCCGGAAGCCGUGGGUCUCUACAUGGUGCAAUCGCUGAACAAGCACAACAUUCUCUACUGCCACAUGAUCGAGCCCAGAAUGGCAAUUGUACAAGGAAGGCACCAGAUCCCGCACAGAUUGCUUCCUCUGAGAGAGGCUUUCCGCGGAACUUUUGUUGCAGCUGGAGGGUACGAUAGAGAGGAAGGAAACAAAGUGGUGGAUGAAGGUUACACAGAUCUUGUGGCUUACGGCCGCUUGUUCUUGGCUAAUCCCGAUUUGCCGAAGCGAUUCGAGCUUAGCGCGCGGCUGAAUAAGUAUGACAGGAUCACCUUCUACACUUCUGAUCCUGUUGUUGGGUACACAGAUUACCCAUUCCUUGAAUCUUCUGCUUAAUUGAGUUACUCACCUACUGGUGUGUGUAGCUUUCUUUCUUUUUUAUCACUCGGAAUGUGUCUUUGUUUUACAUAAUAAGGCCACAGAGACCUUGUACUAAUCUGUGAUCAAUUGUAUCAUUGAAAGUUAUCUAUUUGUUUA